CAAGACUGCAAGAGCUACUGAGCAUUCGGCCAUUCGCCAUCCGGUAGCAGUAUUUGGCGAGGCCGAUUGACCUCUAGCCGGCACUGCUGGGCAGUCACACACAACUUGAAGUCUAGUAGAGGACUAGUAGAAGUGACGAGUGAGGCGAGAGGAGGAUGCAGAGCUACACGCUACUCGAUCUUGUCCGAGGGAGCCGGGCUGAGAUCUGACGCGGCUACAGUAGCGUUCGACUCGAGCGGGAGAGGGGGGAGUGUCUUUUACAGGGCAGUGAGGGGAGCACGCCCUCCCCCCGUGCCCCUCUGCUUCCUGCCGCCUGCCGAGCUCCGUCUCUACUACAGUUUGCUACUCCGGCUUCAGGGGCUUGAAGCCUUGAAAAGGGAGCGGUUUCUGGGAGGUGCCCAGGCCAUGGAGUGCUCCCGGGGAAGGCGGAGAUGGAGGUGGAGUGGCAGAUCCAUGCUAAAGCUGGCGGGGUUGUGCCUCGCCGUUGCCAUCUGCCUGUGCGGCGUUCGGUCCCUGGCGUGCGGCGGCAGUGGCUGCAGGGCGCGCACUGUGUUGCUCCGUUCAGACUUCUGGAGACGGACUGCAGCCUCUUGUGUUAAUCAGGGACAGGGGUGCUUUGCUUCCGGCGGCGGGCAAUGGCGGCGGCUGCUGGCGGAGGGGCCGGGGUCCUACCCGCCGCGGUGCACGUCCAAGUGCGGCGACUGCAGCCCGUGCUACCCGGUGCACGUGGCCGUGCCGCCGGGCGUGCCGGUGACCACGGAGUACUACCCGGAGGCGUGGCGGUGCAAGUGCGGCAACCGGCUCUACAUGCCGUGAGGCCAAUUCCGAGCAAGGAGGCGGCCCGGCCGGUGAGCCUGUCCAGAGCGCAGCCUGCGCCCGUGCGCAGCUCCGGUCGGGUGCUGGCUCGACGCCGCAUUAUUGCACCGGUCCUGUGCGUUUCGCCUGCGCGCGAGCGGUGGCGCGGUGUCGUGGUCCUCUCCGCGCGCGGGCGCGCGCGCAUGGGCUGGAUCUGCAGCGCGCCCGUGGUGGCGACCUACCACACCGGGCGCUGGGAUACCGAGGCUGCGCGCGUCUUUUUUUCCGUGGGGGAGGCGCGCGUUGGAAUUCGCACGGCCCUACCACGAGGCGCGGAGGCAUGGCGGGCGUACGGCGGGGCAGCGCGUGUUGGAUCGAGGAGGAGGAAGGCGGGUUGCGACGAGAGCUGCUCUGCUGCUGCGGCCCACCCCUGCACGUUGAAGUGUUGAUACGUUGUUUUCAAUUUCUUCUUGUGUUGUUUUCGGAUCUGAACUUGCCACAAAAUUUUGUGGUGGCCGUUGGAGCUAAAUGUACUUGAUACCACUAUCUCGUGGUAGGAUGGACCAAUUCGGAAUCUAGAUACAAUGUAGAGUAGAAUUACUGUCUCUAGGUACAUCUGUUUUUUUUUUUGAAAUAAAUAGGUACGUGAGUCAAUGUGCAGUUUUUGUAUUCCUAGCCCAACGCAACAUGUGCGUAGUGCCGCUGUAAAACUCUGGAGUGUUUAGUGGACUGUACAACUGUGGCAGUCUGGGCCUUUGGAUCCA